AUGCCACUCCGAUGCCAGGCACGCGCUAUUUGGCGUCUUCGAGAGGGUGUCAGUGAUGCCAUGACCACGGCAGGAUAUGUCUACAAGUACGACGUGUCGUUGCCGUUGCAAAGGAUGUAUGAGUUGGUCGAAGAGACCCGUGUGAAAUUGCAAGCUGCGGGCGUGGAGGCCACUGCCAAAGCCGCGGGCUAUGGACAUCUAGGCGAUGCCAACCUCCACCUGAACGUCACCUCCCUGUCCGGACGGGACGACAAGGUGUUGGACUUACUCGAACCUUGGAUCUUCGAAUGGGUCUCCAAAGCAAAAGGAAGCAUCAGCGCUGAGCAUGGCAUAGGCCAGUGCAAACCUCACUAUUUGCAUCUGAGCAAGGCAGAGAGCGCCAUGAACCUAAUGAAGACCAUGAAAGCGACCAUGGAUCCCAAGGGGAUUCUGAAUCCAUACAAGGUCCUGGCAUAG